CCGCCGACCCGGAGCAGGAAGCCGAGGAUGGCGUCCCUUGACCCCAGCGCGGCGCUGAAGAGCGAACGGGGAGUGAUGGAGAUGGGAUGAGAAAAGUGUCCUGCACUGCAAAUGGCCUCUUGUUCAACAUUUAUUGCUUGCUAGUCUGGAGUCAGCUUUGGUGGAUGAGGAAGGUUGGUGACUCUAAGAUGUUUGAGAGAAUCAAGCAAUCUGAUGAAGCUUCUGCUUCGUCAGCACAAGGAAUCCAAAGACGUGGUGUUGAGGGCUCUCCACUACAAGACAGCAGUAGCAGUUUACACAGAAGAGGGCAAGAACAUCCUCAGCCUGGAGCAUCCCCUGCGCAAAAUAGACAAGGAUACUGCAACUGUUGCCAUGUACACUACAGUAAUCUGGAACAGCAUAUUUUCAGCUCCCAGCACAGGCAUUUUACAACAUACUGUAGGAAUCGUAUGGGUACCAGUAGCUUGAUGGAGCGUUUCCUUCAAGAUGUUUUACAGCAUCAUCCCCACAGAUACCAUGACAGCAGACCAACCUAUGAUGACAUGCCACUCCCCAUCACUUUGGAGGCUCCUAGAAUUUCUCACCUGUCCUUGGAAGAGAUGCAGAAAAAGAGGAACAGUGAGAAACAGAAUUCCAGCAAAGACCAGGAAUCCAUUUGUGAAAUAGGCUCUUCUGUUCCAUGCCUGUCUCGUGAGAGCACAAAGAAAAUUUCUGUUACACAAGGAGGUUUUCGAAAACUUCAAAGAGGCCGGGAACAUGUUCCAGGAAUAUCCCAGCAGUCUACUGGCAUUUGUAGUGAUAAGAAGUGGGUAACUCUGAAAAAUGCUCGAAUUGCAAAUCAUAGCCAUGAAGGUCAGUUUACAGCUGUGAGCACUGUACCUCAGCAGUUUUCUCUCAGUCCUACAAGCCACAGUUCCUCUGUUAAUCCUAAAACAGGAAAAAAUGUUAGGGAUUUGGCAGCAUCAAAUCUGUUUCCGCAUGGCAGAUAUGAUGAAAGAGCAAUGGAGGUCUGCAAUAGUGAUGUGUUACUGAACCCACGCUUGAAUCCUGCUCCAGCACUGGGUCACCCAAGACGCCCUUCAGUUUCUCAUCAGAAUCCUACACACAGCCACAGCAAUUCUUCCUUUAUUACCUCAGGUCAAUCUCUCUCAAAGCGAGAUAGUUUACGAACUCAGGAUGAAACUUUGGUGUCUGAUCUCCGUCUCAGGGAUACUGUGGGUAUGAGCAGCUCCCUAGAUCUUGGGACAUCCCCACAACUAGCAAGAUGCAAAAAUGCAAAGACAGUCAGAGGUGAUGAAAGUUCAGUGGAUGCAACUAUUGAAGAUGUAAUUUUGAAAUACUGCCAUGAAACUACAUCUGAAGAAAUUGAUUUCAAAGAAGAGAAUAAUCCCAGUGUACCUUUUUCGUCACUUCUGGACCAUACUAAUUUAGAGGGCUCUGAAAUGAGUUUUGACUGUGACGCACCAAUACAGGUAGGAACAGAUUUACCCAAGGCAGCUAUAAAAGAUAUAGAAUUCCUGAAAGAGGUCCAAGUAUGUUUGCAGGAUAAAGACUAUGGAACACAGCUCUCUUCUGUUUUAAAAACUGAGUCGUUAGAGAAAACAGAAGCAGUGAAAAAGGAUGUCGUAGUUCAUACCGAAGAACCAGUUCUUCCAGCCCUGCCUCACGUGCCUCCUUCUUUUGUGGGAAAAACUUGGUCUCAAAUAAUGUAUGAAGAUGAUAUAAAAAUUGAAGAACUUGUGCGUGAUUUCAGGGAAGGUCGUUUUCGCUGCUAUUUUAACAGUGAAUCCUCAGCCAAAUGUACAGGGAAGAGAAUGAAGAAAAAAAAGCAGAAGGAUGAAAAAAGGAUCGAUAUUAUUGAGGGUAAUAGAACAGAAAGUGCACCAGUUAAAGUGUUGCCAGAAUUUAAUGAUGCUUUAAGUGGUGGCUCUGAUUUUGAUAACCCAUCUUUAGCCUCAGAUAUACUAUGCAACCCACAAAUUGUAAAAAUGCCUAGGAAAAGGACAUGGCGCCUGGCUUCAAGGUGUCAGGUGGUUAAAGUCAGCCAUGGCACCCAAACAAGUCUGCUGAACUACCCUGUAGCAAAAAGGAAAAUGUCUAGAAGAGAAUCUGAUCCAGCUGAUCAGAAAGCAAGCAUUGCGUGGCUGGAGAAUGAAAAAACUCCAAACAUGAAAACUAGACUAUGUGCCCUUAAACUUCCAGAGUCCUAUAGCAAGAUCAUGAGUCCUAUACAGCCCAAGACAGUGGUGUAUGUGCUCUCAUGCCCAGAGGUAAAACAGUGCAAAGGUAAACCUAUAGAUAUUCCCAAAAUGAGGAAAAAUCAUCACUCCACAGAUAGCAAGGACUCUGUAAAGUAUAAAUACAAACAGUGUUCUCUCAAAUAUUAUGACCCACUGACAAAUCGAAUUCUGAAAACUCCUCCAAAGAGUACAGUUGGAGAGAAGGCCAAAAAGCCCUCUCAUGUCCGACAGCUUUUCAGAAGUCUCAGCUUUGAUGCAAACAUGAAGAAACUAGCUGAUACACAGAGAGAAAGCACACCAUCAAAGUCACUCAAUUGGUCAGACUUUUGCAGUUCUUCAGCAUCUUUCAUGCCAGAUCGAGAUAAAGGGAAUGAUGCAGCCUCAAGUCAAAAGGCAGAUGGACCUUCUGUUUCCACAGAAAGAACAGAUUGUCUUGCGUCUGAGAACUCUUUUAAACACCUAAUCAUUUCACCUUUGAAUUCUGUGAUAGAAGGUGAUUAUAGAUUAAUUCCAUUUAAUAGAAUUACCAAAACUCCUCUGACCUCCAUCAGGAGCGAGUGGUUAGAGAGGGAGACUCCAAAAGCACUAUGGAAGAGAAAAGAAGGCACUAAUAAAGAACCAGUUUUUUCCAGAAAGGCUGCAGGAUCUAAGUCUGUCAAAUGUACUAUUGGGAGGAGAGGAAACAGAGUAACCACAAGCAAACAAACGUCCCGAGCUGAAAAACAGCGGAAAGAGGGGUUGAGAAGACAACUUCAGCCUUGUGCCCAUAAAUCUGCUUUCUCCAUCCAUAGGUGCCAGACAAGGAAAACUACAGUGGGAAAGCACCCUAAGAAAGAAAAGCCUGAUGCUAAAAAAUUAAAGGUGAGGAGGAAACCAAAAAGGGCUUUUCUGAACUCAACAGUUGUAACAGGAAUUCCUGAAAAAAGGCGGAAAGUCACAUCAGAAUCUUUUCCCAAGAAACCAGAGCAAGCUUCCUCCAAAGUCAGGAACUGGGAAGUAAGUGGAGAUCGGGGUCAUCCUGGCACUGUGAACCGGCCCUCUAGAAGGACUUCUGCUGUACCAUUACUUCAAAACUGUCUUGUUCUACCAGGUGAGAGCUAGCUACCAAAAGAACUUUUUUUUUUCUUUUUUUUUUUAUAGCCAGCACCUGGAAAAAGGAAGGGGAAAAGAAGGAGGUCAUAGACAACGCGGUUGAAGUGCUAGAGCUCCGGGAAGUGCUAGAGCUCCAGAAAGUGCAAAGCCAGUCUAAUGUGAAACAAAUACAACUGUAAAUUCAGCUCUUGUUCCUGGAAUAUGGGGACACAAUAUAUUGCACUGUUCUACUGUGUAAAGCUGCAGAAAUUGUGGAUUUGAUUUAAAAGCACUUAGAAUCAUAUUGACUAGUCUUCACCUGUACCAGCAAAAUUACCUUGAAUGGUAUCAUAUUGUUAUUAUGGUAUUAUCCAUGCAUAACAGUGCACUAUAAUAGGGUAAUUUACAAGCUAUGUUAAUUAAUUGUGCCUAUUUUAAUUUUUUCACAUAAUUCUAAAGUGCAGGAGAUGACUCAAUUGCUAUGCUAGAAAUUUAAUGAAGAUACAUCAAUCGGGGCUGAAAUUUAUGUAUGUAUUUUGUUUUUGUGUAUAUGUGCACCUUCUUCAACACAUAAUAUAUACUUGCCUGUGGAAUGGCAUUAAAAAUAAUACAGUAUGAUACAAUUCAGAUCAAUUCAGUGCUUUCUUGAAAUGAAAUAUAAUUUUACACGUUUUUCUAUUGACUUCUUUGUUCCUGAAACCAUGUCCAAAGCAUUUUUUUUGGACUAAAAGUCACUGUGGGCUCUCAUCAAGCAAUAAUGGACCAUGCUGGUAAGGAAAUAAUGUCUCCAUAGGGGACUGUUCAAAUGGUGGUGGCUGAAGUGAAAUCUCAAAUUCUAAAAUAAAGGGUUAGGUUUGGUUUUUUUUGUUUUUUUUUUUUUUUAAUAACUUAUUAAGUUUGUAGGUGAAUUUCACAUCCUUAGUGAGGGGGAUGGAAAAGUUUUAAUGCAAAGAAAUAGCAGUAAGUUGUUUCAGAAUGUCAGCCUUGAGUUUGGGGUUCUGUGCUUUUCUGUGUUGGUUAAAUUUUUAUAGACUAGAAUAGAAACUUUAUUUCUGAAUUUUCAGUAAAAUACUUAAAUAAACCUAACACAACAUCCAUCUAAAUGUAUUAGAGUUCAAAUGUUUGGUUAAAAAACCUGGUUGAAUUAAAAUUAUAUUCCAUAGAGAUUCAUGUUUGGCCAUUGAUGUUCCAUCUGCUAUAGUUUUAUGGCAAAAAAAACCAAACCCAGGGUGUUUUAGCUUAAUUUUCUUUUUCUUUUAGUAGUUGUUAUGAUGACAGUUUAUUUAAUGUGAUUAGGAGACAUAAAGCCAGUCUUACAGAUGUUUCUGUGCUUUAAAACCCAAGAUUAAUGGUUCAUUCACAGUAAAUUAAACACGUAGUUAAACAUCAUCAUAAUCCAGGCUUUGGUUUUCAGAUCUUCAAUUUGAUAUAUUAUAUAAUCUAUUUUACCUUGAAGGUCUUCAUAAAUUUUCUAAUGGUACAAUACAUUUUUCAGGACACAAUUAAAAUAUGGAAAAGACCAGACCCUGCUGUCUCUGGCAUUGAACAUAUCUGCACAUUUUCCCCUCAGAAAACAAAAUCCUUCUUGAUUCUUCAUUCACUUCUUUCUGAAAUGUCAAGGGUCGCAGAUUUGGACUGAGAUAAAGGUAGACUUAGAAAUGGUUUAUUUUAAUAUACAGUAUCUGAAGGAAAUAUAAAAGCUGUCAUCAUAAACCACAUGUUCAGAGAAUAUUUUGGAGAUUUUUUUCAUGUAUAUGCAUAUUUCCCUAGAUAAAUAAAAGAUGUGCAUGUGUCAGCUGGAAAGCAAGUUCCUUUAUGAGUCAAAUGUGGUCUGACAGAUUUUUUUUUAUUUGUUUUAAUUUAUUUUUUUUAUAUAAAGGUUGAUUUCUAUGGAUGAAUUUUCCUAUUGUUGUCAGUAGACAGAAUUGUAUGACUGUAUUGCAAGUCACUGGAAAAUGAAGGGCUAUAUUAUAAAGUCUUAUAGCCCUCAACUAAUUGUGCCUGUAUAAUUUAAUAUUUUGUCUAAUAUAAAACUGAUGUUUUUAAAGCAAAGUUUUAAAGGAAUGGUUUUUAUAGAAAGGCUAAUUUUUAGAUAAAGCAAAAGAAGACUUUUAAAUAAAGUUUGUUUUAAAGCAAAGCUUUAACUAUAGAUAAGUCCCAUUCUAACAUAUUUUUAUGAUACAAGAAUGUUUUCCUAUCUAACUUCUUCCAUCUUAUUUUUCACAGUAUUUCACAUGUGAAGAGCAUGAAUUUGUUUGUGUGUGAAUAAGUUUUAAUGCACAUUGUACUUUAAGAACACUAGUGUAUAUUUGUUUAGAGUCGAAAUACUGUUCUCCAUACUCAUUCAUUGUACAUUUGUCUUACUCCAGUGCACAACUUUUCCUUGAAAUCUUGAGUAAUAAAAAUGUGUUGAGGACUAUAAAAUGACUAAUAUUUUUAGACUGUAAUGUCUUUUUUUGUUGUUUUUGAUAAUACACCCUCUUAUCAGGGUGGGGUUUUUAGAAGAAAAAUGUUAUAUUUAAAUAAAAGUGUAAGUAGCUAUAUAUUUUCCUUUAAAAAAAAAAA